GUGAAUUCAUUGACUUUAUGGGAUCUGCUGGGUUUCCUUACACUGCAAACGUUUUAACCUAAUUUGAAUAAUGACCUGAACUUAACACAUUGUUGGGUGCUAACCGGAAGCAGUGUCAGUGAUCACUUGUAGCUGAACGCCGGGGUCCUGCUGAGCUCCGUAUCGGCUCAUCGACUCAGCAGAGGUAGGACGGAAUCACAGGGGGUACUUGACAACUUUCAGAGUCUGCUAUGACAUCUCGCAGGUGGUUCCACCCCAACAUCACUGGAAUCGAGGCAGAGCAGGUCUUGUUGACCCGGGGAGUCCACGGCAGUUUCCUGGCCCGGCCCAGCAAGAGCAAUCCUGGGGAUUUUACCCUGUCUGUCAGGCGUAACAAUGAGGUGACCCACAUUAAGAUCCAGAACUCUGGGGACUACUAUGACCUGUACGGCGGCGAGAAGUUUGCCACACUAGCUGAGCUGGUGCAGUAUUACACUGAACAGCAGGACCUGCUGCGUGAGAGGAACGGCCACAUCAUCGAGCUGAAAUAUCCACUCAACUGCAAGGACCCCACCUCUGAGAGGUGGUACCAUGGUCACCUCUCUGGGAGAGAUGCAGAGAAACUCCUCACAGAAAAAGGCAGAGCUGGCAGCUUUCUGGUCCGAGAGAGUCAGAGUAAACCCGGAGACUUUGUCCUGUCGGUUCUCACCAACGAGGAGAAACACGACAACAUCGACCGCAAAACCAAAGUCACACACGUUAUGAUUCGCUUCCAGGAAGGAAAGUAUGAUGUGGGAGGUGGUGAACGGUUUGACACGUUGGCCGAUCUGGUGGAUCAUUACAAAAAGAACCCCAUGGUGGAAAAAAGCGGCAUUGUAGUGCAUCUCAAACAGCCUUUUAACGCCACGAGGAUAAACGCUGCCAACAUCGAGAACCGGGUACGAGAACUCAACAAAGUAGCAGACAACUCAGAGAAGCCAAAACAAGGAUUCUGGGAGGAGUUUGAGGUACUUCAGCAGCAAGAGUGCAAACUGCUGUAUCCCCGGAAAGAGGGCCAGAAGCCAGAAAACAAGAGUAAAAACAGAUACAAGAACAUCCUCCCCUUCGACACAACGCGAGUUGUGAUUAAAGAUUCUGAAUCAGACGCUCCGGGUUCGGAUUACAUCAACGCUAACUAUAUCAGAAACGUGAGUGAAGACGGGCGGCAUGUGGAGGAGAGUAAAGUCUUCAUUGCCACCCAGGGCUGCCUGCAGAACACGGUGAACGACUUCUGGAAGAUGGUGUAUCAGGAGAAUGCUCACGUCAUCGUCAUGACGACCAAGGAGAUGGAGCGGGGAAGGAACAAAUGCGUCCGGUACUGGCCAGACCUCAACGGCACUAAAGAGUUUGGGAAAGUCCUGGUGAGGAAUGUGGAAGAGCAGCCGGCGCAGGACUACAUCCUGAGGAAGCUGGAGGUGACGCGCCUGGACAGGAAGGAGCCUCUGCGGUUCAUCUGGCACUACCAGUACCUGAGCUGGCCGGACCACGGCGUCCCCAACGAGCCCGGCGGCGUCCUCUGGUUCCUGGAGGAAGUCAACUGCACACAGAGCACCAUUAAGGAUACUGGACCCAUCGUCGUCCACUGCAGUGCGGGCAUCGGCAGAACCGGCACCAUCAUCGUCAUCGACGUCCUCAUCGACAUCAUCAACCGCCAAGGGUUGGACUGUGACAUCGACAUCCCAAAGACCAUCCAGAUGGUCCGGCAGCAGCGGUCCGGCAUGGUCCAGACUGAGGCGCAAUACAAGUUCAUCUACAUGGCAGUGCAGCAGUACAUAGACACGGUCCAGAAGAGGCUGGAGGAGGAGCAGAGGAAUAAAAUAAAGGAGAGGGAAUAUUCAAACAUCAAGUAUCCACAGAUGACCAACUCCAGGUCUAAGCACAACAUGGCGUCCUCCAGGUCGUCUUCAGUAAUGACAAAUGAUGAUUCUUCGAGCGUGUACGAGAAUAUAAACUUCAAAACCCCCCAGGCAUCGUUCAGUAGUAACACCAGGAGAUAAAACGGCUGCUGCACAACUGCUUCUCUCUAAUCUGCCUCCUGCUUCAGCAGCGCUGUUGCUGGCCAGAGUCUGUAAAAAUCCUUUUUGGGGCUGACAGGAAGUGAUGCAUUAACGGACCCCGGCCUCGGCCUGAAGGCAGCAAGGCGACUCCUCUCCUGCUGCCAUGCUGCUGACCUCUGACCCUGUGACCAGAGGACCCUCCACUCUGUCCUGUCAGAACCAGCUCCAGUGCCUUGUGACAGGAUGUGUCUGUAACCCUUAGCCCCUCCCCCACCUGUUUCUCCUCUUUUUUCUUCCUCAAACCUCCAAGUCUAAGCUAACCCGCUAAGUUGCGCUUGCUGGAUGAGACAUCAGGCGGCGGGUCUGACCCGAAGCGGGUCCGCGGGAUCCGAGCCGGGGUCAGAGCCCAGCUGCUCUUCCAGCCAUUUGAACUUUCAACUUUGCACUGUUUCCGUGGGGCGAGCUGCGGGGUUUAUUAAAGCGGCCGCUGAGAGAUGGAAGGGUCCCAAGACUCAGGAAGGGCAACGGGCCCCACCCUUCUUUUAGAUGUAGACUGUGGUGUGUGUGUGUGUGUGUGUGUGUGCGUGUGUGUGUGUGAGGAGGACGAUGUGCUGCGAUCUGCUGCUGGACGCGCUGGUUCUGUUCCUGAGCACAGAGAGAGACGACUUCAGGAACAUCUCUGUCUGGUCUUCAUGUUUUCCUCUAACACACAAAUUGUCUGUGUGUUUGUUCUUCCCUUCAACAUGUUACCGUUUCAUUGUGUGUGACCGUGGUUUAAAGGUCAUGUAUAAACUUUAUUUUAGGGUCUUUCUAAAAGCGGAGCUUCAGUUCACAUGUUUCCUGACAUAAAUAGUGAAUGGUGAAUGAACCGUCCUCUAAUAACUCAACGUCUGUCAGGAUGGGAUUGUCAAAAGGAGAUGAGGAAACGGGCCCAGAUGGCCAUCUGCCUGAGAUUAAAGAAUAGAUUUGUCUCUGAAAAGUAAUUUAGAAGACAACUGUAAUCCAGGUCUGAUGCCAGAGUAAGGCGACGUCAUUUAUGGGAUAAGUAGAGUGGUGCUGUAGAGCAACGAGCCCUCUGCAGUUUCCUGCAGAUUGAUGGAUAUUUUUAGCCUCCUGAAUCCAAAAUAACCCGGUCCGCUUCAAGGCGAGAGCAAAGUCCUCCUUCAACCUUCACAUUUUCUCAUGUUUCAAGCAAAAACAUCACAGAGUUUUAUUUGAUAGAUGGACACAAAGAGCUGGAUGAAGGAAAUUAAAUGAAGUGUUUAAAAGAGGAAAUAUCUGAAAAGUGUGGUGUGCAGUUGAAUGAAGCCACUUUACCCUGACACCCCUAAAUAAUCUCCAGUUGCUCUCAGAACUGGACUGACUCAGGUCUACUAACCCUAACGCAUUUCUCUUUUAUUGCUCAUUUGCAUAAGCAAACAUUGAACAUUAUAACAUUUUCAGCUUCAGCUGGUUUAGCUCAUCCGUUUCAAAUCUUCAGGUAAAUAAAUUUCACAUAUUAAUGACCUUCACAGACAAAUGAGGUUUCAUAAAAAUGUAUCUUACAGUUCCUGGAUGGAUGAGCUUGCAUUAAAAAAUCAGUGGAAAGUUUUUCAUUGUUAGUGAAAACCUACAGCUUCUCUGUCCAAAGUGUUAAUAUUUGGGUUUGAUGUGGUCUUGGUGGUUGUUGCAGUCGCCCAGUAGAUUCAGAGGAACAACAUUCUUUAAUUCCUCCAAAUGUUUUCAGGUUGGAAUUUGCACCUCUGCUCAUUAGUUUCAUGUUUGUUUGUUUGUUUGUUUUUUAAUAUUAGAAAUGAGACUCGAGAACAAAACCAGAACACUUGACUUCUGAAACUGGCUCAAUGUGUUGACCUUUGACUUUCAAUUGAAAAAUAUAUCAAAUUAUUCAUGUUCACUGAUGAUUACUGCAGGCCAAACAUUUCAGAAUCCUAUUUGUGAAAAGAAAAAUUCAAAGAAAUGUCCUUAAAGUUUGAAGGAGUAUGAAUUAUUUGUUAGUUGUAAAGUGUUUGGAUGCCCCAUCUGCCCCAGGUCUUUUAGUGCCCCUCUCCCAGUUGCCCCAGCUCAACACAAACAGCUCAGGGUUUGACCCCAGGGAUUAAAACCUGCAUGUCAGGAUCUUCAUGAAAAUAUCCAACGUUAGGAAAAGUUUUCACCCUUCUGACCUCAGAUCUUAGGAGUUGUUGUUUUUUUUCUCCGAAGAGUUCUUGCGGUGCUAGUGGCUCGUAUUUUUGUGACAGUAGGCAGACAGGAAAGCAGGUGAGGAGAGGGGGAAAGACAUGCGGCCAACGUCGUCGGGACCGGGAGUCGAACCCACGACGAGGACCAAGGCCUCCAAAGGGGGCGUGCCCCAGAUCUGAGGAGUUUAAUACAAACUGAAUGGCUCAAACACACAGACGUGUCAGAACGUGAUUCAUGGUGGAAACAAUAAUACUCUCAGCACUGCACUGAAAUGAUUAUAAUGUCGAAAAGUUUGAAUGUAACUUCAGCAGCCAUUUUGUUUCUCUCGUUUUAAAGUUUUGAAGGUUUUUCAUGGUCUAACUACUGAAAUGCUGUUUAAUAAAUGAUUUGUAAAUAACAGCUCUGGUUCAGUGAUUGAAAGCUGCCUCUGCUCUGCACUGCCUGUUUCACAUGCUGCACUGCUCCAUGUUCAUUAUAAUGUCAACAUCAAGACGUUUCAACGUCUUUCUCUUCCUGUGCAACCAGGAGACGGAUAAUCUGUCUCCUGUUUUGUUUACUGUGAGUAACUUUGCUCCGUUUCUCACAUCGUGUCUGAUUUGGUGAAACUUUAGUACUUGAAAGUGUGAACUGUUUUUCUCAGGCUGUGUGGAAGUCCAUCGGACGUGUUUUUGUUUGUGCACUAUACUGUUCAUGUGUUUUCCUUCAGACUUGUUUUCUUUGAUUCAUCCUUGGAUUUCUGUUUGGUAUGGAGGUUUUAUUUUUCUCUCCAUGUUUUGAUGACUGAAUCCGUGGAGGUCUGCAGUCGUGACACCGAGUUUUACUUCAGCUGGUCCUCUCACAUUUUACUUGAACUUGUUGAUGUGAUUUUUGUUGGAUUCCCUGACGUUGUCCUCCAUGUUUCCUGUUCAUCUUGCACUGGCUCCGCCCACACACACCUUUUGGGGAGUUUUGGCUUCAACUGCUGGUGUGAUGAGCUGUCGGAAACUGCCUCUAAUAUCAUAUACAAUAAAACACUUUAUUAUGCCACA